UGUGUUGUGUAAGUUGUGCAUAGUUGUGUUGCACCACACCCACAGAGCUAGUUUGAGGGCUCCGCUGUUGUAGAUAGUAUAGGGUGUGACACUAGGUCAGAGUUAGGCCCUGCACGGCUGUUUCUCUUUGCCUCCUUACAGGGACCUGUAAGUGGAGAAGAUCAGAGUGCAAGACUCGUGACGGUGAGUAGCAUCCGUGUACGUCUGUCCCUUGUUUGUCCCCGAGCGCCGGAGUUAGGAUUGCUCACGGACGUGAGAAUCCCUUUCAUCACACUACGUGCGAAAGCGCGAGUGUGUGAAAGCUGGGUAGCUGAGGCUUUGUGCCGGUGAUGACCAUUCACCCAGCCGGUGAAGGUCGCAGCCACCCCUGGGGUAUCCCCUGUUCCACCGGAAGAAGGGUCGAUACCCCUUUGAUGUAAACCCUUCUCUCCUCAGCUAGGUCGUCGGUCAGCUCCGAGAGGGAAUCGCCGUGUCCGGAUCCGAGUGAAGAUUUCCAGGUCCGUUGAGGGUUCCGGUACCUGAAGGUGAGAGCGAGCGGCGCCUGAUUCUAUAGGUGGGACAAUCACAGCGUCCUCUCAUCGAUGCCAUCACAAACAGAAGCACUGCAUGCCUAUGCCACAAUGCGGAGGAUUAGUAAUCAGUCCUCUCUUAUUCCAUCCCCAUGCCAAGGGAUCCCAGAUCAUAAUGGAUGCCACACAGAAAGCAGUAAAGAGGCAGGCUAGUUUUUGUAAUGCAAUCACCUUCAGCAACAGACCAGUCAUUAUUCACGAGCAAAUCCGGCUUAAGAUCAGUAAAAAGCAAUGUUGUUGGAGUGGAGCUCUCCGACUUGGCUUCACUUCCAAAGAUCCUUCAAGGAUUAACCCCGACACGUUACCGAAGUAUGCUUGUCCUGACCUCGUUUCUCAGAGUGGAUUCUGGGCAAAAGCAUUGCCGGAAGAGUUUGCAAAUGAAGGAAACAUCAUAGCCUUUUGGGUGGAUAAAAAGGGUCGAGUGUUUUAUCGCGUCAAUGACUCUGGUGCAAUGUUGUUCUUCAGUGGAGUACGAACCACGGAACCACUUUGGGCAUUGAUCGACGUCUAUGGGCUGACACGAGGUGUAGAAUUACUAGAUAGCGAGAUCAUCCCUCCUGACUGCGUACGGCCGCGGUCUUUCACCGCUAUCCCUCGUCCAUCCUUGCGAAGAGAAACCGAAGACACACGCUUGUCUGUCAGCUUGUGUGACCUGAACUUGCAGGAAGAGAACUUUCAGUCUAUGACCACAAUGUGUCCUAUCCCACAGAACUCUCUCAACUCCCAGCAUUCCCACUUACUCCCGACACAGCUGGAAAGCGAUCUCCGGUUCCAUCAGCUGCGAGGAGCUCAUAUCAAGACUUUAGAUGACCAAACCGUGGCACGACUGGAGCAUGCCCGAGAAGAACGGACUUUAGUGUUCACCAACAGGUCACUUAGAAUUAAUGAAACCAUCUUCGUCAAGAUAAACAAAUCAAACUCUUUGCGAUCUGGGACUUUGUCGUAUGGUGUGACGUCUUGCGAUCCCAGCACACUGAGACCUAGUGAUCUCCCGUAUAACCCAGAGUCAUUGGUUGACAGAAAGGAGUUCUGGGCUGUUUGUAGGGUGCUGGUUCCUCUUCAAAGUGGUGAUAUCUUGGGGUUUGUGAUUAACGCAGAAGGUGAACUACAUUUAAGUCAUAAUGGUGCCAGUACUGGAAUGCAAGUCUGUGUGGACUGUUCUCAACCUCUCUGGAUGUUCUUUGGUCUACAUGGGGCCAUCAUGCAGAUACGCAUAUUGGGCUCCACAAUAUCAUCUGACCUCCGUGAGCCAUCUACACCAAGUUCUCCCACAUCAGUUCCGAACAGUCCUACAGCCCUGUGCAGCGGCAGCUCCGAUCCCGUACUGAAUACCUGUGUGUCAGGACCCCUAUGUAAUUCUCUAAGUGGCACCGCUCCAAACUCUCCAGUGAGUAUGCCCGAGUCACCCAUCUCACCGUCUGUCUCAGGAUCCUGGAGUGACGAGUGCACCAUCUGCUAUGAGAACCUGGUGGACACAGUCAUCUACUCCUGUGGACAUAUGUGUUUGUGCUACACCUGCGGCCUGAAACUCAAGAAGAUGAACAAUGCCUGUUGCCCUAUCUGCAGACGUCUUAUCAAAGACAUCAUUAAGACGUAUCGCAGCAGUUAGGUCCCAGAAGCCAUUUCACCUGCGACAACCUUCUCUCUCAACUGGUUCUUUAAAGGUUUUUAUAAUACGCUCUUGGAGAAGUCUGAAGCACUUAAACUCGCCAGUUAGUGUCUGUAAUGUUUUCAACUCUGAAGUCAACGAUUCUGGAUAACAAGAUAUCAGGGAAGCAUAGUCUUGUGGUCAUUGAUCAUUCUUUUCAAAUUAAUGUAUGGAAGUCUGAUAUGGAUCACAGAGGCUUGUGGUUUUAAUUACGUCCUAAACUGAGAUCUGGGAAUAUUGUUUGGGAGAGAUUGUAGUACCGGCUCCAGCCAUGCAAAAUAAUCAUUCAAGAAUAUCAAGCAAUAGCUGCUAAGAAAUGAACACAAUAAGAAACAAAUAGGAAAGCCUGGGACUUUUGGAGAGUUUGUCGGAAGAAACGUUGACCUUUGCAUAUCGUGUAGGUAUAGAUAUUGGAGAAUAUAUGUGUUGCAAAUCAUCACCUAGAAAGAAUCAAGCCAUAGUGGUUUCACCAGUGUUUUUAUCCGUGAAAAGUAGGAAAAGGUAAAGACUUAGACAAAAUGUGUGGUAGCUUUGGUCCAUUACAAUGUUUAUCGUACCCCUCUUGUCAAUGGCAAUAACCAGUUUCAUAAACAGCAAAGAGUAGGCCAACAUUCAGGAUAAAUGUAAGUCAUAGUUAUAUUUAAGGUCAUUCUGCUCCUUGCUUCGCUCUUUGACUUCACUCAUCUCUUCUUUACCCGAAGUGCCGACAGAGAUUGGCUUUUACAGGGAGCUGCUAAAAUUGGGGGAUUUGGUAACAUGAUAAAAUGAAAAUAGAUGAAGGUGCUUUUCCAAAAGAAAUCUUGUAUUAAUGUGUUUUGUAUUUUGCUUUAUUUUAUAAGAAAGUUACAGUAUAUGGAAUAUUUAACCAAUAUUUCCUUUUCACUUAUACCUUAAAUUGUUUAAUUAGUUCAGUCUGAAUGCACAGCUUUAUCUUAUUUUGCCCUUUCAGUUACCGUAUACUUUGGUUGUUGUGGCAAGGAGGAAGUGUUUGUUGUAUAAGCUGUCCUGUUUUAGGUAGCAGUAAUAAGACACAUGUGAACUAUUGGCCAGUACAGGUUCUGUAGCCGCUUCCACUAUCUUGGACAGGAAGUUGUCAAACAUAUAGGGACAUGUACUAAGCAGUGAUAAAAGUGGAGAAGUGAGCCAGUGGAGAAGUUGCUCAUGGCAACCAAUCAGCUGCUCUGUAUACUUUUAUAGUAUGCAAAUUAUAAAUGUUACGUCAAUGCUGAUUGGUUGCCAUGGGCAACUUCUCCACUUUUAUCACUGCUUAGUACAUGUCUCUCAUAUUAUUCGGCUGACAAGAAUAUGAUAAUAGCUUGUAAACACAAAAUAGAAAAGAGUACCUGAGGUGUUAAUCUUCGGACAGAGAAAGUUGUUUUGUCAUUGCCACAUUACUGGCAGCAAUAGGUUUCAUUAAAGCGUUUUAUCACAAUUAGCUUAUGCCACAAAACGUAAUGUAAGCAAUCAGCAAUUUUCAUUAGCAAUUUUCUCACAACCAUAUGGAAUGUGGCAGGAACUACUUCAGCAACAGUGCCCAUUUGGAUAGGCCAUAAAGUGCACCUUCACAGUGUGCAGGCAGCCAUUUUGUGGGCGGAGUCUACCUUCAUGAAAAUGUAGCUAGAAGUUCACUAGGAACAGAUGACAUCACUUCAUGUCUCAGUUAUGUCCGUAGUUUCUAGCGAAUAGAUAAGUCAUAUACUGGUCCAACCUACAAAAUGGCUGCCACCACUCUGUUAGGUGAAUGCACCUAUCACCUAAACACAUGCUAGUGUGGAUCUUUGCUUAUUUUCUACAAAUCCUGGCACUUGUUAAAUGUAGAAAAAGAUUUUCCUGGAAUAUAUACAUAUACAAUAGGUAACAUUGAUUGUUUUUAGGGUUUAAGGCACACAAUUCGCAUUAAGGCGCACAAUUUAUGCUAAACCCUGGAAAUUAAUCAGACACUGUCAAUGCAGAGUUUGCACCUAAAUGCAUUGUUAGAAGAUAAGUCCUUCUGUCCCAAUUUUUUAUUAUGUAGUUUGGUGGCUAGAUACACCUGCUAGAGCCUGCCGCGUAGCUUAGCAAUUUGGUGACAAAGAAAUUAUUACCUAUAUCUAGAAUAAUUUUAAAGACCCUCUUUUGUAUGAAAGUAUUGGUGCACAUUGUAAAAUCAAAAUGAUGUUAACUGAGGUGUGGUAUGCAAGGUCAACCACACUUUGGUCAACAGUGUCUAUGUUGACCACUAUUGGUCGACAGUAAGUAGGUCGACAUGUAUUAGGUCAACAUGACAGAAGGUCGACAUGAGUUUUUGCACUUUUUUUGGUGUCUUUUUCUCUGUACAGUGACCGGGAUCCCCAAUUAGUGCACCGUGUCCCCUCGUGUUUGCUCGCCAUUCUUCGGGCAAGGUUACCAUUCCCAAUUGUAGUCCACGUGGAUGGUAAAGUUUAAAAAAGUCCAAAAAAAUGGAAAAAAAAUGUGAAAAACUCAUGUCGACCUUUUGUCAUGUUGACCUAGAACAUAUCGACCUAGAGUCCCUGACAACCUAGAAACCAUGUUGACCUACUUAAUGUCGACCAAUAGUGGUCAACCUAGACAGUGUCGACCUAAGUGUGGUUGACCUAGAGACCGGAUCCCAUUGUACGCAAAAAAAAAUCUCUAUACUGUAUAUUAGUUCUCAAUCCUAAUCCCAGACCGCCGUGAGUCAGGAAGGACUACCACUAGCACAUUCACCAAACUUUCUUCUGAAACGUCUAUUCAAAAAGACUUAAGUAAAUGUGUGGGUUUGUUUCUUCUGCAAAGAAGAUAUUCUGCCAAUAGCCUUAAGUGAAGUAAUUACUAUAAUCUCUUGUAUGCUGCUUUCCAUUGCAGAAUGCUUUUAAACUAAGGUUUUAUAAAACACAAAACAUCACAAUCUAUUAUACUCAGAAAUGCAUUUAGAAAAGCACAAAUAUGAAUGUGCUAUUUCAUUUCAGCAGACGGAAACCCAAUUAUCACUCUGAGAAAACCUUGUUCUGGGAGUCUAUGGUUUGAACAGACAAUCACGUCCUUUAUUGAAAUCCCUAUAAUCUAUGUUACUUAAUAUGACAAAUGUGUUUUACAAAAGCAGUUGGUCUAAUGCAGUUUCAGUAGUAUUGGCAAUUGGUGCCUAUAACACAACGUCCUUGGGAAUAAGCCAGAAUAUUAUGACACCUCAGCCUAGGUUCACCUUAAAUUGAACACAAUUCAAUUGACCAACAGUAAAGAUGUUGUCUGUUACAACAGAGCCAAAAGAAUGUUUUCUAGACUUUUCUACUUGAUAAUAACAUCUAUGUAACAGCUAACAGGACCUACUUUGUUUGUGUGUUGGCGAAGGCCAUAGGCAGAGAUGAACACAGCACAUUGUCCCUAAGCGGCGUAUUACAAGUCAUAAUGUACUUCUUACAGACUUUUUUUACCCUGGUGGCUCCAGGGCAUGCCAGAAUGCGGAGGCUCAGGUGGGAGGUGCGGGAGACGUGGUAAUGUGAAUGCUGUGAGUUGCGGCAUUGCGCAUCAUGGGGCUGAACCGUGAUGCAAUCACUUCAUCAAGUCUCCCCACAGAAGGAAGUUCGCUGAGCAAGUGGGCGGAUCCGGGAGUGGGAGGCAGGGGGCAUCUACUUUCUCGGGUGUCUGGGAGAGUACUCUGAAAUUCUGGAAUCUGCCGCACAUUCUGAGAGAGUGGGCAAGUAUGACUUCAUCAUCUGCACAAUAAAUAAGGUAACAAAUUAAAUGAAUAAGGUAAAUAAAUAAGGUAACAAAUGAAAACGCAGACAACCCAUUAAUUAUGACCAGUGCAAGUGAAGCUUGGAUGUUUGUCAUGCCUCAGCGAUAUCACUAGAUCCUAGUGAUUUUUCUGGCCGUAACCCAAUGAAGGAUGCUAGAGAGGGGAAAUUGCUUAUGGCCACCUUGACUGCCCCCUACUGUAUGUAGGUGGUAGGUACAUGCAAUUCCUGAUCUUACAGUUGCUGGAGCAAAGUAUGAUGCAUGAUCAUAAGGAAGGUAUAUUACGCAUAAUGUCUUUGAAUACUGAACAUCAUAAAGUUUGCCAACAACCCUGGAAGCCGAUUACCAAUUUUGCCAUGUACGCUGAAUAGCGACACUGCCAAUACUCAGUACAGCUCUAGUUAGCAAACUAAAACUAUUGAAACGCUGUGGUACUUUAGCUAAUAUAUUUUCUCUAACGUCCUAGUGGAUGCUGGGACUCCGU